GCUUACGCCUGCGCACAGGAAUCCAGCUCCUGAGUAGUCCGCCUGUUUGCACGAGGUGUGAGCGAAAUGGAGGACUCGUCUUCCGCCCAAGAGUCGGCUUUACCCACCACCUCGACUCCCGCGGAGCUGACCUCACUAGAGCAGCUGGACAAAGAGCAGAUUAGAAAGGCAGUGGAAGCUUUGUUGACACAUUCUAAGUCCAGGAAGAACAAAAAUGGAUUGCUUUUGAAUGAAAAUGAAAAUUUAUUUUUAAUGGUGGUACUAUGGAAAAUUCCAGGAAAAGAACUGAGGGUCAGAUUGUCCUUGCCUCAUGGUAUUCGAUCAGAUUUGUCAGAAAUCUGUUUAUUUACCAAGGAUGAACUCCAGUCACCUGAACAGACAGAACGCUUCUAUAGAAAGCUUUUGAACAAACAUGGAAUUAAAACAAUUUCUCGGAUUAUCCCUUUCCGAACUUUAAAAACAGAGUAUAAAGCCUAUGAAGCCAAGCUCCAACUCCUGAAUAGUUUUGACUUCUUCCUUACUGAUGAAAGAAUUAGGCGGCUUUUGCCCUCGCACAUAGGAAGACAUUUCUAUCAAAGGAAAAAAGUUCCAGUAUCUGUAAACCUGCUGGCCAAGAAUUUAUCAGAAGAGAUCAACAACUCCCUAGGUGGGACUGUCUUAAACAUCUCCAAAAGUGGUUCUUGCAGUGCUGUACGCAUUGGUCACACUGGGAUGCAGGCUCAAGACGUCACUGAAAACAUCGUUGCUGUGGCAGAAAGUCUUUCAAAAAAAUUGCCAGAGAAGUGGGAAAGUGUGAAACUCCUGUUUGUGAAAACUGGGAAGUCCGUUUCCCUUCCCAUCUUUUCCUCAUUUAUCUCUUACCGGAAUGAGAACAGCAAAAUGGUCAUCCGUAAGCUGAAGGAAAAGGAGGCUAAGAAAAAAGAGAAAGAACAAAAACUUCGUGAGAAACGGAAGUUGAAGAGAGAAAAGAAAAAGUUAAAGGAGAAAGCUAAGAAGGCUACAUCAGCCGUAACUAAAGGAAGCGUGGCACCUAAAACUAAAGGUGCUUCCGUGAAGAGCCGUGGGUCCCAGAAGAAAAAGACGGGCAAAGUAAAAGCCCAAGUUAAAGUGACAAAUGAAUCUGAUGAUGAAAUUCCACAACUGGUACCAAUAGUUGAGACUCCAGUAAAAGAAAAUGUUGAGGUGCAAAAACAUGUCCCAGGGAAGAAGUCUCCAAAAAAGAGUCCUGCUCCCAACACACCGCAGGGCAAGAAGAGAAAGGCCCUACCAGCUGCUGAGGCCCCGGGCGCAGGUCCAGGGAAGAAGCCCAAAAUGGGACAGAAGAAGAAACAAAGAAAAUCCUCACCAGGGAAGAAAGAUCUGAGACAGACUCCAAAAAAGCCAGAGGCCAAGCUCUUCAUCCCUGCUAAUAAAUCUGCAAAGAAAGCUCCCCAUACCCCUAAACAGUUGCCAAAAGAAUCCAAAGUGCCCCAGUCAACCUAAAAUUGGUGACUCACCCAGAAGGAAAUAGUAGUUACUUGUCUGUUGGAAAAUCCUUUGUUCCUGAGCUCAGUCCACUGCACCAUUCAAAAUAAAUGAGUGAAAACACUUGGCUUCUGAUCCACCAUUGCAGCCUUCCUCAAAAGUGAGGCAUGGAUCUAAAUAUCUUUCAGACCUCCACAAGUAACUCCAACGUGUGUUUAGUUAUAAGAAACACUGGUUAAAGUCUUUAAUCACUCUUUUGUGUAAUUGCUAAUGUCAGACAAAAUGAAUGCUCCUCCAUGUUUGUGAUUUUUAUUAUUAAAGUGUAAUGUUUGCCUCUGAGUAGA